AUGGAGGUCCGACCAGAAAGGAUUAAAGCGGUCGCGGGCAAGACACUCGGGAAAAUACACAGGCUGCUGGAGAAGCGUCAGGCGAAUGGAGAGACCAUCGAGCUGUCGGCGGAGGGCCGGCCGGAGCUGGUGGAGGAGCGGGAGCUCCCGAUGGUGGACUGCACGUGCUGCGGCCUGCCGCGCCGCUACAUCAUCGCCAUCCUGUCCGGCCUGGGCUUCUGCAUCUCCUUCGGCAUCCGCUGCAACCUGGGCGUGGCCAUCGUCAGCAUGGUCAACAACCACACCGUCUUCAGGGGCAACAGGGAGGUCCUGGAGGCCUCCCAGUUCACCUGGGAUCCCGAGACGGUGGGGAUGAUCCACGGAUCCUUCUUCUGGGGCUACAUCGUCACCCAAAUCCCUGGCGGAUUCAUCUGCCAGAAAUUUGCAGCCAACAGAGUCUUUGGCUUUGCUAUAGUGGCCACCUCCAUUCUCAAUAUGCUGAUCCCAUCAGCGGCACGAGUUCACUAUGGCUGCGUCAUCAUGAUCAGGAUAUGUCAGGGGCUUGUAGAGGGGGUGUCUUACCCAGCAUGCCAUGGGAUUUGGGCCAAAUGGGCCCCGCCUCUUGAGCGAAGCCGGCUGGCUACAACUGCCUUUUGUGGGUCCUAUGCGGGAGCGGUCGUGGCUAUGCCCUUAGCGGGGGUGCUCGUCCAGUACACCGGGUGGUCCUCUGUGUUCUACGUCUACGGCAGUUUUGGGAUAUUCUGGUACCUCUUCUGGAUCCUGGUGUCCUACGAGAGUCCGGCUGCUCACCCCACCAUCACUCCUGAAGAGAGGAAGUACAUCGAGGACUCCAUCGGAGAGUCGGCCGGCCUAGUCAACCCCCUGCAGAAGUUCAAGACUCCCUGGAGACACUUCUUCACCUCCAUGCCAGUGUACGCCAUCAUCGUGGCCAAUUUCUGCCGCAGCUGGACCUUCUAUCUUCUGCUCAUCAGCCAACCUGCGUACUUCGAGGAAGUGUUUGGCUUCGAGAUCAGCAAGGUGGGUUUGGUGUCAGCUCUGCCCCACCUGGUGAUGACCAUCGUUGUUCCCGUGGGCGGGCAGCUGGCUGACUUCCUGAGAACACGCGGCCUCAUGUCCACCACAAACGUCCGCAAGCUCAUGAACUGUGGAGGGUUUGGAAUGGAGGCUACCCUGCUGCUGGUGGUCGGCUUUUCCCACACAAAGGGCGUGGCCAUAUCAUUCCUGGUCCUGGCUGUUGGUUUCAGCGGCUUUGCCAUCUCAGGGUUCAAUGUGAAUCACCUGGACAUUGCUCCCCGCUACGCUAGCAUCCUUAUGGGAAUCUCCAAUGGAGUGGGCACUCUGUCAGGCAUGGUGUGUCCUCUCAUAGUUGGAGCCAUGACCAAACACAAGACACGAGAUGAGUGGCAGUAUGUCUUUCUCAUUGCUUCCAUCGUUCAUUACGGAGGAGUGGUCUUCUAUGGUAUCUUCGCCUCGGGGGAGAAGCAGCCGUGGGCGGACAUUGAGGACACCAGCCAGGAGAAGUGUGGGAUCUUGGACGAGGACGAGCUGGCUGAGGCCACAGAGGAGAUGUACCGCAGUGGAGGAGGGGGCCAGUAUGGGGCCCUGAGCCAGCCCAGCACCGGCCCCAGCACCGGCCCCAGCAGGGCCACAGGAGGAGGAGGAGGAGGAGGAGGGGGGUGGGUCACGGACUGGGACAAGACGGAAGAGUAUGUGCAGCCCGCGGGGUACAACAGCUACCUGUACGGGGGAGAGGCAGACAGGGAGCUGAUGUAG